CUGAUUUUGGUGGUUUUUUGGCGCAGCCAUGGCAGCCUCGGGCUACCUGAACCUGGCGGCCGACGCGGCGCACAACUUCACCGACGGGCUGGCGCUGGGCGCGGCCUUCUGGGGCGGCCCCGCCCGCGGAGCGCUGACGGCGCUCUCGGUGCUGCUGCACGAGCUGCCCCACGAGCUGGGCGACAUGGCCAUGCUGCUGCGAGCCGGCUGCUCCAAGGGACAGGCCAUGCUCCUGCAGCUGCUGACCGCCUUGGCCGCCCUGGCCGGCGCCGCCUGCUCGUUGCUGGCCGAGGGCUCCGGCACCGGCGCCGUUUCGGGGAUCCUUCCCUUCACGGCCGGCGGCUUCAUCUACCUGGGCACGGUGUCGGUGCUGCCCGAAAUCCUGAGGGACUCCGGCCCCGGCCAGGCCCUGCUGCAGCUGCUGGCGCUGCUGGCCGGCGUGGCCAUGAUGCUGCUCAUCGCCUACUAUGAGUAGGAGUUCCUAAAAUUCCCAAAAAUCCC